CUGCCCUCUUCCCUCCAGCUCGUCUUCCUUUUCUUCCUCUGUCGGUUACCACCAUCUUCACAACUCACAACCUCCCUGGUCUGAAAGGGAUCGGCAACGAGCCGUCCGGUCUGCCCUAGCAACCUUCCAGUUCUACCAAGCUCGACAAGAAAGACACGAAAAGCAAUCAGAGAGGCGCCAUCAUGGCUGGAGGUGCGAUUGUCACGGGGACGAGCGAUGUCUCGCGUGUCGAGGCUCCCGUUACACUCAAGGCCUACUUGAUUUGUGCCUUUGCCGCCUUCGGUGGUAUUUUCUUCGGUUAUGACACCGGUUGGAUGGGUGGUGUGCUUGCCAUGCCCUACUUUAUCCGUCUCUACACUGGCCUUCCCUAUGAUUUCGACGUCGGCGCGCCCAUCGGUAUAGAUCCGAAGGAGUUCAUUAUCCCUACUCCUACCGCAUCUCUCUUCACCUCAAUUCUGUCUCUCGGUACCUUCCUCGGCGCGCUUGUAGGUGGUGAUAUCGCCGACUUCAUUGGCCGUCGACCUACCAUCAUUGGUGGCUGCAUCGUCUUCUCUGUCGGUUGCAUUCUCGAAAUUGCCAGCACGAACCAGGAGGUCCUCUUCGUUUUCGGCCGUCUGAUUGCUGGUGGUGGUGUCGGUUUCAUCUCGGCCGUCGUCAUUCUAUACAUGUCCGAAAUUGCCCCCAAGAAGGUGCGUGGUGCCAUGGUCUCUGGUUACCAAUUCUGUAUCACCAUUGGUAUUUUGCUUGCCAAUGUCGUUGUUUACGCCACGCAAAACCGUAAUGACACGGGCUCUUACCGUAUCCCCAUCGGCGUUCAGUUCCUCUGGGCUCUCAUUCUGGGUAUUGGUCUUCUCAUCCUGCCUGAGUCUCCCCGUUACUGGGUCAAGAAGGGUGAGAUCGAAAAAGCAGCCAAGUCUCUGGCCUAUGUUCGUGGACAGCCCCAAGAAUCAGAUUACAUCAAGGACGAACUCGCUGAGAUUAUUGCCAACAACGAAUUCGAGAUGGCCAACAUUCCCCAGAUGAGCUACGUCCAGUCUUGGUUGGCGUGUCUUAAGGGCUCACUCUCCAAGGGUGACAGCCCUAUUCGCCGAACGAUCCUAGGUGCCGGUCUGCAGUGUGCCCAGCAAUUCACCGGCAUCAACUUCAUUUUCUACUAUGGACCUCCCUUCUUCACGCAGCUUGGAACUAUCCAAAACCCUUUCCUCAUCUCGCUUAUCACUACGCUAGUCAAUGUGCUAUCAACCCCUAUCUCGUUCUUUACCAUCGAGAGGUUCGGUCGUCGUGCUAUUCUGAUUUGUGGUGGUAUUGGCAUGGUUGUCUGCCAAUUCAUCAUUGCUAUCGUCGGCGUGACAGCCGGUAGGAUUGAGCUCGGUAACAACGCCGCUGUCUCAGCUAUGAUCUCUUUCAUCUCAAUCAACAUCGCCUUCUUCGCCAGUACCUGGGGCCCAACCGCCUGGGUCGUGGUUGGUGAGAUCUUCCCUCUACCAAUUCGUUCCCGUGGUGUUGGUAUCUCGACAGCGUCCAACUGGUUCUGGAACACCAUCAUUGCUGUUAUCACGCCAUACUUGACCAACACUGAUAAGGCCAACCUUGGUGCUAAGGUGUUCUUCAUCUGGGGAUCUGCCUGCAUCUUCAGCACUCUUUUCGCCUACUUCUUCGUUUACGAGCUCAAGGGUCUAUCCCUCGAACAGGCUGACAUGUGUAUGGCCUCGACAACUCCACGUCAAUCCGCCAGCUGGAAACCCGACCACACUUAUGCCACCGAGAUGCACCAGACCGCCGAAGACCAGGCUCUCGCGUCUUCAGAUAAGGCCAACGAUGAGAAAGUUUAAACCAGCGCAUCUCCCAACGCUUGUGCAUCUGUUGUAGAUUGUUAAUGUCCUGGUGAUAAAAAGAUCUUGACUUACAAGGGCCUACUAAACUCAUGUGGAACAUGUGUCAAAGAUUCCUCUCAUAUCAUAUAUAUAUAAGCAUGUCAUUUCAUGAUACCUAAGAUAUCCCCGGGUUUUCGCUGGAUAGAGCAGCCCAAUUACAUAGUAAUAAAUAAACUAUUGGAUAGUUUUCAAGUCAA